AUGACGAGAUCACCUUCGGGAUUCUUCGGGCAUGGGUGGGUGUGGACGACCAGACGAACUCGGCGGAAGUUUCAGAACUGGUGGACAAAAUGCGGCAAUCUUUACGAAUUGUCACUCUUGUCGUGUCGAGGAGUAAAGAAUUGUUGUACAGCAAAUUGGCCUCAGGAAUGGCGUUACAACAAAUUGCAAUUCAGAUGUAACGACUGUGGAGGGGAAGGUUCACGGAUUCCCGAAUCAGACAAAUGUAGCAACUGCAGGGGUGAAAAGAGCGAGGAAGUCAAGAAAAUUUUGGAGGUUCACGUCGAGCCUGGAAUGCGCCAUAACGACAAAAUCACAUUCCCAGGCGAGGGAGAUCAGUCCGAUCCAGACAUUGAGCCCGGUGACGUGGUCAUUGUCAUACAAGUAAAGCCACAUGAUGUCUUCGAGAGGGAGGGCGACGAUCUCAUCGCGAAAAAAACUAUAUCGUUAAACGAGGCUUUGUGUGGAUAUGAAAUUCCUUUGAAACACCUGGACGGACGUACUCUUAUCCUCAAGAACAAACCGGGCGAUAUAAUCACACCAGAUUGCGUGCGUGGCAUCGUAGGAGAGGGCAUGCCACAAAGGCGUCAUCAUGAUAUCCGCGGAAAUCUCUAUGUAAAGUUUGACGUCACAUUUCCUAACGAUCAUUUUCUCGAAGAUGAGACGAAAUACAAGAUUAUUGAGUCUGCAUUCCCUCCAGUCCGAAAAAUCGCACAUCCUCCAAAUUGCGAAGAG